UGCGCGCGUAAUCUUACUCUCUUGCUAUCCAGUUGCUGGAUUUCUGGCCAGCACUUCAACUAUAUAUUUUAUAUACAUACAUAUAGUUACUAGUUGUUGUAUUUAUGUAAUAACUAACCAAGAAAGAAAGUUUCUACUUCUCAAAGGUACAAAAAGUAUGCGAACCCAUGUUCUUAUCUUUUGUUAAACGACAUGAAUAAAUGAAAGUAUUGAUAAAAUUAAAUAAGAUAAUGAGGGUGAGGAUUCAUCAAACAGGUUGGCCCGUAAAAUUUGAACUUGGCCAGUUUUAAAAUGGAGAACGCCGGGAGUUCAUCCGACGAGAGUCUGGACCCAACUAACGAAUCCUUCGAUCCACUGAAGGCCUUGUAUUCGGAGAAAACUAAAAUACCUGUGAAAAAAGCUCCGAUAUAUGAUAAUAUUACAAAAUUUGAAUCAGCACUUAAAGGUAUUGUAAUAAAACCGACCUCCAGAUUUGCGAAAAAAGAAAAUAAAAAGUCGAGCCAAUUGCCUACUGAGCCAAAAGAAACAAAAGCCCAAAAUUAUGACGCUUUCAAAAGUGGCAGAAAUGUUUUAUCACGCAUGUCAAAUACAAUUGGGCCUCUACAACUUCUUUACACGUGUAUGGAGACUAAGUCACGAGUUAAGAUCUAUACGCGAAGUGCCAGAGGGAUAAGAGGACAUAUAGAAGCUUAUGUGGCAGCUUUUGAUAAGCAUUGGAAUCUAGCACUCGAAGAUUGUUUCGAAACAUGGACACGUAAAAUAAAAAGAAAAGCACCGGCUCUAGGUAUCCCAACAAUAAAACCAAAAGAAAUCGAAGAGAACGUGCCAAAGAUGAUAGUGAAGACGUCUAACGGAAAUACAGAGACCUUGGAGAGACACGUGCCGCAGAUGAUGUUGCGGGGAGAGCAAGUUGUCAUGAUCGUAAAAAUUAAUUGACCCACACAAUUAUUUCAUUAUUACCCAAUUAAUCUACAUUUAAUAUGACAUAUAUUUUUUAAUAUUCAACAUAAAUAUCAGUAUUUAUUUUAAAUGACAAAAAAAAAAAUA